GUGUGUGUGUGUGUGUGUGUGUGUGUGUGUGUGUGUGUUUGUGUAUGGGUUGACCCUAGGACUGUGUGGUGUGUUAUGUGGAGAAUAUAGCAAAGCAAUUUUUGUGUUUUUAUUUUUAAUUGCAUUUGGUUGUUAUUGUCAGUUUUUUGGUAUGUGUCUGUGACAGACUGUGUUGCAGUUGUAACUGUGUGUGUGUGUGUGUGUGUGUGUGUGUGUGUGUGUGUGUGUGUGUGUGUGUGUGUGUGUGUGUGUGUGUGUGUGUGUGUGUGUGUGUGUGUGUUUGUGUGUGUCACAGUUGUGUGUGACCCUAGGACUGUGUGGUGUGCUGUGUGAAAAGCUUGCAGAGAAAGUUUUGUGUGUUUUUAUUUGUAACUGCAUGUGUUUGUGUGUGUGCGUCUCAGUUGUAACUGUGUGUGUGUGUGUGUGUGUCGCAGUUGUGUGUCACCCCAGGACUGUGGGGUGUGUUAUGUAGACAAGCUUGCAGAGAAAGUUUUGGGUCUUUUUACUUGUAACUGCAUGUGUGUGUGUGUUUGUGUGUUGCCGUUGUGUGUGUGCGUCCCAAUUGUGACGUUGUGUGUGUGUGCGUCCCAGUUGUGACUGUGUGUGUGUGUGUGUUUGUGUGUGUGUGUGUGUGUGUGUUGCCUGUAUGUAUGUGUGUGUGUGUGUGCGUCCCGGUGCGUCCCAGUGACAGUGUGUGCGUUGUCUCCUGCGUCAGAGGGCCUUUCUCUCUGUGGCCCUUGUGCAAACAUAUUAAGAAGAGCCUUAUCACUGCUUGUACAGCAGGACAGCACACACACACAGUGCAAACCCCACACACACAAACACACACAAACAGUGCAAACCCCCAUACACAAACACACGCACGUACACCCAUACGCGUUAAAGUACUUUCCAAACGCACACACUCAGAGCGCAUUCACAAAAUAGUUGGACGCACACACCGCAGAGACACAAUAGGCCUCAUGCCCCAAACUGCCCAAAUGUCGCCGCAAUGACUGAGAGCCUUAGGAGGCGGGGCCAGUGCCUGCGUCGGAAGCUCCGGUUGGCUCAGAGCGAGCUGUCCGUCGCCGCCGCCGACGGCCGUGGGUUUAUAAAGGGGUCGAAUUUUCGGUUUGGGUCAGAAACACGCGGCAGGAACCGCGAGAAAAUAUCGAGUCUGCUCGACAAGCCUUCUGCAAAGAGGUGCAUCUAUACCGCACAAAACGCUGCACAACUGAAACGAAUAAACGAAGUAGAACGAAAAAAAGAAGGAACAAAGACAACAGUUUUUUGUCUGCGAAAGGUUUUCGGGAUAUUUUGCAUCGCUCUUCCGGUUGACAAACUUUUGAGACAUUACGAAAGUUACGAAUUUUCAUCACGUAACGCAUCUGCGAACGCCAUUAGAGAAACUCGGCUAAUUCUUCUACAGGAAAAAACUUCGGAAAGUGCCGAAUUCACAACCGGCUCGCGUCCAAACACGUCCGACGAAUUUUCAGCGAAUAAACCAAACCGUGAUCAGAAGAGUUCCAUCAGUCUCCCACAUGGCGACCUUCAGCUUCAUGGCGGUGAUGAUGGCCGUCUCUCUAGCGGCCGUUCUUCUCAAUGACGGAUCGGAAGCAGCACCAGCAGAGAGAGGUUUCCUCAGUUUCUUUCAUGCACCGGAGAGAUCACAGAAUUCACCGAACAUCGCAGCCGAACAAGAGACAAUGGACUGGUCUCCAAACUAUCUGAGUGGACGUCUGAGAACCUGGCUGCUAGCCGCCAUGCCAACAGCCAGUGCUAAGGCUAUGGCUAAUGCUAUCGCUAUGGCUAAUGCUAAGGUUAUGGCUACGGCUACGGCUAGGGGCGGGCUGGUCAGAGCGCCGAGGAGCAGCAGGGAGAUGAGCAGUCCAGAUAAAUCGAUCCAGAUACUUAGGAUGAUCUCCAGGCUGGACGAGCUGUACAGGACUAUUAAUGGAACACUGAGCAGACGGAUCGCCUUCAUGCCGCGAGCCAAUGGCAGAACUUCGGCAAAGAAGAAUAAAGUGGUACCAGCCCCUGAGGCAGUGUUAAAGCUCACCACAGCGCCCCCUAUGGAGACGGUGGGUACUGCACCCAGAGCCAGCACAGACAACGUUAUCCCCAGCAUGACGGGUCGAAGCUCAAAGAAAUCCAACCCGCCCCCCAAAAAGUCAAACAAAAGAGUCUGCUUCUGGAAGUACUGCUCCCAGAACUGACCUGACCUGACCUCCACACACACACACACACACACACACACACACACACACACACACACACACACACACACACACACACACACACACACACACACACACACACACACACACAAGUUACAACAUCAACUCACGACACCACACCCCCUCAACUCCGAUGUGGAUGUCCCUGAACUUGUGUUGCUAUGGAGACCAUUGCCUUGACCCCCCCAUCCUCCCCCCUUGACAACGAUGUGCACACAGGAUGAGUGCAUGAAUACCACAUUCACCCCCCAUUCUCUGCUCACCCCUCUCCUCCCCAUCAUCCC